CAUAAAAUUUGUAACAUGGAAACGUCAUUGACGACGCGCCGCCAUCAGUCGGAGGCAAGGUCCGUAUCUCCACACCUACUGCGGAGUCGAAGUGGAACCUCAGCCCUAAACAGGGCACCGCCGGUGAUGAACUCGACCCAAAGCUCGGCUCACAGGUCAAAGUCGACGACAAGGUCAUCAAGAACCCUAAGAAAUGGAGAGAACAUUAACCCCACCACCACCAACAUGCAAAAGAAGCCUAACCAUCAAGAGGGUAGAGAUGGGGUGGUUAGGUUCAUGCAGCAGCGUGGCAGUGGCGGUGCAAUAAAGGGAUCAAAAUCAGUGACGAGCUCUCCAUCAGCAUGGGCAUUGUCUCCAGGUAGGUCUUCGCCGUUGAUGGUAGGAAUGGAGCCACAAGGAUCUUGUGGGUCGACGACUGAGGUAAAGGCUAAGUACUCCAAAGGUGUAAGUGGGUUUUUAAAGUAUUUCAGGCAAAAGAAGGUGUCGCCUAUUCGAGAAGAAGAGUAUCAUCAGUUUCGAGUUUUUUAUAAUAGGAUGUUGCAGUGGAGGUUUGUGAAUGCUAGAGCUGAAGUUGCCACGAACGCUGUGAAUACAGAUGCACAGGAUAAAUUGUUUGGUGUGUGGCUAAGAAUCCUAAAGAUAAGAAACUCUACUUUAGAAAAGAGAAUUCAACUUGAGAAGCUGAUACAUGAGAUCAAACUACAUCAAAUUGUCGGUCCACAGUUAUGUGUACUAAAUGAGUGCGCGAAAUUGGAGGCCAAAAAUUACGAAGCUGUUAGCCGGGUGAUUCGUAAACUCUCAGCAGUCCUAGUUAGAGUCCCUCUUAAUCAAGAUGCCAAGGUAGAUGUGGAGUCUCUCUAUGAAGCUGUAAGUGCAGCCAUUGCAGCCAUGGAUGGCAUAGAAGCAACUAUUAUAAACAUCUUCUCACAGCCGGUGGAGAAAAUGCUGUAUAUGGUUACUGAGCUUAUAAGCAUGGUGGAACAAGAAAAACAGUGCUUGGAAGAAAUGGAGAAAGUUAUCACCUUGGUUCCUCCAAAAAACAUAUUGGUGUCUGAGCAGAGUCUACGUGUGCAUCUUAUCCAAGCAGCUAAGGAGUCAAGGAAAGGUCAAACUCCUCACUGAAAAAUUCAUCUCAUAAAUUAAAAAAAAAAAGAAAAAGAAAAACAAAGGCAUAUGUAAAAGCAGAGUAGCAGUUGCUUGAGUCUUAACUCGAUUGGUACAAGUAUUGUUGCUAAUGUAAGAGGACGUAGGUUUGAAUUCGUUGAAACGCAUUAUCCUCUUAUUUGUAGGUUAAAGAAGAAUUAUGAGUAAUUUUAAGCAUUACGUAAAAAAAAAGAAAAAGAAAACAAAUAUGAUCAGAAGUUUAAUCUCGAUGUUAUACUUGCACAUAUUUUUUGAACUUUUUAAGAC